AUGUCGGAAGAGCUGCCGGUGCUGGUCCCUGCCGUCAAUGGCAAUCCCGAGCCCGCUCCUGAGAUCAGAGACGAGCCUCAGGACGACGUCCCUUUCUCGUGGCUACAACCCCACCCAACCUUCCUCAUUGUGCUUGUCGGACCCGAUGAGAAACCCUUCGGCAUCCAUAAGGAUUUUUUGUGCGCCAGGUCAACACAUUACCGAGAGUAUUUCAAGAAGGCGAAUGCUACAUCGGACACUGUGGAGCAUGUCGUGAAGCUUCCUCACACCACGCCUGAGGUGUUCGGCUUGACGCAGCUCUUCCUGUUCACUGGACAGGUUUCAGAGGAGGUUGACACGUUCCCUUCCUAUGAGGCACUUAUUGGGGUCUGGAAACUAGGCCACGAGCUUGGUAUCGACGGUCUCUGCGACAAGACUCUUGAGGCAAUGAAAGAGUGCAGGCGGCUUACUCGGCAGAUUCCCGCCACUCCACUCCUCGUUCAAGUAUGGAGGGACACACCAGAGGGCUCAACCAUUCGCAAACUCCUCCUCUCGUGGGCAGCCGAGUACAUGCGGUCGUCCGAUGCUAGAGCCGAGUUCGCCAAGUCGCUCCCUCAGGAGGUUCUUAGCGAGCUGGUCGUGGCCAUGAGCUCUCUCGAGAAGCAGCCAUCCCCACCCGCAGCUCCGGCCGAUACAGCCUCCGCCGAACCGACUCCUCGCAAGAGUGUGCACUAUCUGGAAGAGGAUAGCGAUGACGAGCGAGAACACCUUUCCAAGAAGAACCGACGCGCUUCUGCGCCGUUACCGGUCUCUCAGAACGGCAACUCCAAGUCGUUCAGUCGUGCCCCCCCUCCACCAGUCCGCAAGGCUGCGGCUGUGGCUGCGGCUGCGGCGGCACCGCGUCCGAAGCCUGUGGUCCAGAAGCGCCGCAGCAUCGCCUCGGUUCCGAGCGGCGAAAUCAGCACCGAGAAGAAGGUUGAAUUCUGCGCCGAUCUCCUUGACAGGAUGCUUUCAGGACCUGGUUUCUGGACCAGACUGGUGGGUCCUUUCAAGGAACCCGUCGACCCCGUUGAGGAUGGCGUUCCCGAUUACUUCGACAAGGUCAAGAAGCCUAUGGACCUCAACACCGUCAAGGCCAAGAUGUCGCGUCGCGAGUAUCAGACCGAGGACGAGUUCGCAGCCGACGUGCGCCAAAUCUUUGACAACUGUUACACGUACUGGUCCAAGGGUGACCCGAUGUGGGCCGCUUGCGAGAAGUUCCAGAAAACAUUUGAGGAGAAGUAUGCCCAAAUGCACAAGAACAUCUCCAAGAUGAUGCGCGAGCCCGUCGACUGA